UCCAGGUUGCAGGUUGGGUUCAGCUGCGUGUGGCCCCUUCAGCUCAAGGUCGACUGCGGCACAGAGGAGAGAGCGCACAGUGUAAUGUGUCAGGAUUUUGUUACCAGGAAGUGGGUCGAGUUAUUUAUAUUUCAACAGUCGCCCUCUCGUACCCAAGGGAGAAGUGUUAGUAACCUGAGACGAUAUAUUCAAGCAUCGUCUGGAUCAGGUCGUAUCGAAGGGAGAGAAAACAAUCAAGUCCACGUUUAGGAACGAUGAGGACGAGAAGAGAUCUGCAAAUGAAAGUCAUGUAAAGAAUGUGAGGAAGAAUAAGCAUGUGAAGGAUUCAACAUACGUGAGGUGUUGAGAUGAAGCUCCAUGAGAAGAUUUUGACCCAUUAUCUAUCGUGCACUUCUCCAGUAGAUAAAGAAGGAUAUCUCUACAAAAAGAAAGAGCGAAAUGCCAGCUACCAGCAGCGGUGGUUCGUCCUGAAAGCAAACCUGCUCUUCUACCAGGAGCGUCCGGCUGACCGGCACCUGCUGGGGGUCGUCGUGCUGGAGGGGUGCGCGGUGAGACGCUCCGAGAGUGAUGGACAGUUUGCCUUUUCCCUGGUGUUUGAAGGGCCCGGACUGAAAACGUACAGAUUUGCAGCAGUGGAUCGUCAGAGUCAUGAGAGCUGGGUGAAAGCCCUGCUGUCGGCCAGUCACUGUUACCUGUCCCUGCUGGUGAGAGACCUGAGCAGCCAGUAUGAAGAGGCUAAACAGCAGCAACGCUCCGGUGAACCCCAUCUCCGCUCCUCUGCCCUCAAACCGUCCACGACUGGCUUCCUCUUCCCUGUGCAGGGGCCGACAGCAGCAGUGAGAGAGGGCAGAAGCUUCAGUGCCAGCUGUGUUUCACAAACACCUUCGGUACCCAACCCAAAAGUGGCAGCUAAAAAGUCCCCGAAACCUUGGUCCAGGAGAAACGCUCUCGUCACGCCGCUCAAUGGGCCGGCGCCUUGCCAUGGUGAAUGGCCUUUGGUGGGUUUUGAUCCACUCGAGGACUUCAGCAAACUUCACGACUAUUACGGCCAAGAGGUGAGGAAAGCAAGAGAGGAAUGGCUGAGGAGUCGUGAGGCCGGAGAGGAUGGAGAUCUCAUCGACCUGGAGUCAAAAAGUAGAAGUGACAGUGAAGAAACUCUGAGAGGAACUGAGAUGUUUAUCAAAGACGAACUGAAACCUCCAACUUCGAGUCCGAGUCUCCACAGACACCUGUAGAUCUGCUCAGUCUCACAUUUCCCUUCUACGGCAGAUUCAUUAUAAUUUGUGUGAGCAAUGAUGAAGCCUCAGAGUCCAUGGGAUUAACUAAGUAACAAACAGAAACAUCUACACUGUGAAGACAAGUUCUCCUCACAGCAGUUUGACUUAUCACAGUUGGAAAAGUUACUCAAAAGAUUAUUCUUAUUAUUAUCUGUUCUCAUCAAGUGUCAGCUUUUAACCACGACUAGGAUCUGAAAGUGAAACAUUUACAACAACAGUUGAAUACUCACAAGUGAUACACUUCAUUUCACCCAUGUUUUAUUGGACCGUUUUAAUAAAGUGUGUUGUAUAGUUUCAUAGGAUGAGACAAUACGAUUUUUAUUUAAAUCUCUCAACUAACUGAACAGGGGUCUAAGAUACUGAUACACAACUUUUAUCUCUAACACAAAAGUAUUUGUCUAUUUCUGAUGUUUGAGUAUUAAUCUUAAUUAAAGUCAGAAUGACGCCAAAUACAAAUACAUAAAUGUACUCUGGAAGUUUUUUUUCAUAUCAUAUUAAAACAACCGAAAAUACAGUAA